AUGGAUUUCUCCUGGCAUUAUCGUUUUGUCACCCCUUCCGAGGAGGAGAAGCUCCUGCGCCGGGAGCUCCUCGACCUGCGAGGAUCCUACGCGCAAUGGUCAAUCAUUGCCGUGAUCAUCGUGCUCCGAGUCUAUCAAGGCUGGGCUAAGUCAGUUGCUGAGAUUGACCCCAAACAGCGCCGCGGGCCUACUUCAUGGUGGGAUCGUCCGAUUGUUGCUGGGUGGCUUGAGACCCGUCGACAGUAUGCUCUCUGCGGGUUGUGGCUCUUGUGGCUAGCCAGUCUUUCUGUCUGGAACAGCGGCGAUGACUACAUGCAUCUCACAAAGGCAUUGGGCCAUGUUGCGCUCUCACAAAUCCCUCUUCAAGUCCUGAUGUCUCCGGCAGCAUACAUCUCGACCUCUAAACCAGCAGCUUCCUCAAUUUUUUCAUUCGUCACAUCCAUUCCCCAAGCGACAGUGACGCCAUACCACCGUCUGUUCGGACGGAUGGUCAUCUCGCCUCUGCUCGUGGGCCAUGCAACUCUCUACUUGUCGUUCUUCAUCCAAACAAGUCAUCCGGAAUUUGGCUCGCUUUUGAAUAAGCGGGUGCGUGACCUGGAUGUGCAAUGCGGUCUGUUUGCUAUAAGCAUGGUGAUUUCGCUUGUUUUCUAUGUGCGGCCUCGAGGCGCGGUGUCGAAGACUGGCACCCAAGGACGGUCUACAGCUAGCUCGAUGCAAGAACGGAGACGUUCGUUCUAUUAUGGACACCUUUCCUUGGUGGCCUUGCUGUGCUUUGCUGCGUAUUAUCAUGUUUUGCAGGCGCAGAAGUAUAUGACUCAGGCGCUUGGUGCCUUCUUGGUCAAUGGGGUGUUUUCGUGGGCGGUUGUUCGAUGGGGGGAACGCAAAUAG